GCAAUGUAGCUUACUCAGACGCUUCGAGUAGCGCGCAUACGCAGGUAUAUAUACAAGGACAAGCAGCAAGUACUUCUACGUACCAGCAAGAACAGCGCCUUUUCAGUCAUCAUCAUGCCGGAGAAGAUUACCCUUUACACUGCGAAGGUCUGCCCUUAUGCUCACAGGGUUGAGCUUGCUCUCGAAGAGGUGGGGGCACCCUACGAACCGUACCAGAUCGACCUGCAGAACAAGCCGGAGUGGUACGCGCCCCAGAUCAAUCCAGCAAGCAAAGUACCAGCAGUGGCGUACGGAGGCCCACCCACUUCGCCCGAUAAGCCCUCCCCAGAGUCGACCAAGAUCGCAGAGUCGCUCGUCCUUCUCGAGUUCGUGGCCGACCUAUACCCCAACUCUCACUUGCUGCCGAAGGACCCCGUCCUCCGUGCCAAGGCCCGUUUCUUCAUUGAUGCGGUGGGCACGAAGCUGAACCCCAAGUUCUUUGCGUUGGUGAUGCGCGGUGAGCCGGGCGCAGGGGAGGGCUUGUUGCAAGGUAUCGAGGAGAUCCAGAAGCUCCUGCCGGAGGAGGGGAAGGGCAAAUAUGCGGUCGGAGAUGUCUACACGAUUGCGGAUGCCGCAAUUACGCCUUUCCUGGCGAGGAUGGAGGUGGCGAUAAAGAAUGAUCUCGGGGCAUUCGAACCGGGCGAAGGGACGAAGGUGUACGAGAAGCUGCAGGGUGACCCCAAAUAUGCAAGGUUCAGGAAGUACUUGGACGAUGUCAAGGCAAGGCCGAGCUUCCAGAAGACGUUCGACGAGGGAUAUUUAGUUGAAGCAUACAGAAAGAGAUACGAGCCGGCUCGGGCCCAAAAGAAGAAUGAUUAAUGUGCUAUCAGUUUGUGGACGACCAGUUUGUAUUUGUAUCAGAGUUACCCCAAGCGAUGUGUGUAUACUGUAAUCAUCCUGUGCGAAGCUGAGCCACCCAUAUGUCGAGCGUGCAUCCCU